GUUCUAGUUCUGAUUUUAAUUCCUCCUCCGGAUCAAACACUGCUGCUUCUCUUCAGUCCUGGGACUCGUUAAACCCCGACCCGGAACCCGGAACCCGGAACCGACACCGCCCUGCCGGCUCAACCAGGACCAGGAUCUGGACUAGUGGUCCAGGACCAGGGUCUGGACUAGUGGUCCCCCUACGAGGGUCUAGUCCUGGUCUCCCUAUAAGGGUCCUGGUCCCAGUCCUGGUCCCCCUGGAACCAGCAGCCCAGCAUGGAGGACGAGGUCCUGGACCCGAUGAUCCUGGACCAGGCGGUCCUGGACCAGGUGGUCCUGGUCCUCAACGUCCUGGUCUCGUGGGCGGCCGCGGGGGCCAUGGUCUUCGGGGGGGUGGUCCCCUACAUCCCCCAGUACCGGGACAUAAACCGGACCCAGAACGCCGAGGGGUUCUCCACCUACGUCUGCCUGGUCCUGCUGGUGGCCAACGUCCUGCGGAUCCUGUUCAGAUUCGGCCACCACUUCGAGGCGCCGCUGCUCUGGCAGAGCAUCAUCAUGAUCGUCACCAUGCUCAUCAUGCUCAACCUCUGCACUAACGUCCGCACGGCGGCCGAGGUCAGCACCAAGAGACGCUCCUUCACAGCGACAGACUUUAAGGACGAGGAUGUGAGAAUCCCUAAGAGGCUUUUUCUGGACUUUGACUGGAAGUAUUUCUGGUGCUGGAGCCGCUUCGUGGACUACCUGCAGUGCGUCCUGGCCUUCACGCUGGCGGCAGCGUACGUCACCUACCUGCUCCUGGACUCGGCUCUGUUCGUGGAAACUCUGGGCUUCCUGGCCGUGUUCACCGAGGCCAUGCUGGGAACGCCGCAGCUGUACUGCAACUACCGGAACAAAUCUACCGAGGGAAUGAGCAUCAAGAUGGUCCUCAUGUGGACCAGCGGCGACACCUUUAAGACCGGUUACUUCCUGCUGACUCAGGCCCCGGUCCAGUUCUGGACCUGUGGUCUCCUGCAGGUCCUGGUGGACCUCACCAUCCUGGUCCAGGUCUACUACUACGGCCGCUACCCGCAGAAACCGCUGUCCCACACGGUGGCCCACGGCUCUGGUACCAAGGCCCUCUGAGACCUGGAGGACCUGG